GGCUUCGGGCGAGCUUUCAUUGUGCGCUCGUCACUCGUGCUUAUCAGUCGGCUUUAUUCGUUGCGAGCCCAAAAGCCAGUUAUUCGCAUUCGUUUUCGUUCUUCGCCCAAGUUUAUUAUAUUUCUUCGCUGGGAUAUUUCAAUUUGCCCGCCAAAAACACGUAUACGUAGUGUGGCACCUUCUGUGACUCUUUUGAUCCUAGAACGGAUUUAAAAUGGAUUCAAAGUUCAAUCUGUGCCGCUGGACGCUGCUGAUUGCCCUCGGAGUGUGCUGCCUGGUGGACAGCUCGUCGGGCAGUGCGUCGAGCAGCUACUGCUCUCUGGAGCGCAUGAAGAAGUUCGCCAUGGAGGCCUGCGAGCACCUGUUCCAGCAGGACGAGAGUGCGCGGAGGGACAGGCGGUCCAUUGAGUACUCGCACCAUCAUCUAAAUCGGCUGGGAUACGGCAAAGCGUACGACAAGCAUCACUACCUCAUCCGGAGCAGCUUCCCGAUGGGCGGCUAUCUGAAGGUCAAUCGGGAGCACUUUCAUCGCCUCAGCGAGCUGGAUGUGGUGCCGCGCUACAAGCCCAAGAAGCUGCACCACGAGAAGAAGCAGCGCUUCAAGCGAGAUCACUCCUCCAGCAGCUACAACAACAUACCCUACUGCUGCUUUAACGUGUGCGAGGAAGAGUUCUUCUGCUAGCUAUUCGUUCAACCAACUCAUCCGUCCAUAGGUUAGCUUAGUUGUACAUUCUGGCACAAGUCGCGCUCACUCUUAUAGAGUACCUUAGUUGUGGCUCCCACUGUACGAGGGACUCAACCCAACACAUACACUAUUUAUAGGCCAAGGCAUUUAGUUGAAUAAAAAUUACUCUUUAUAAGAACUUAAA